UCUUUAGGUGCUCUGUUGUGUGUCCAGUGACAAAUCAUCGGUGUAUUUUUGUAACUGAAUUAUUAAAAAUAUAUUUUUUCUGCUGAAAGUAGUGAGAAAACUUGAAUAAAAUGGCUAAGAAACUGCAAAUGUGUGGGAAUGAAGAGGAAAUGCGGGAGGUAGCCGGCAGGAUCUGUAGGAACUACCUGCACGGCGCCUGGAAGAGUGUGGACCCCACAGACCUGGAGUUCAGACGAAUCAGCGGUGGUCUAUCGAACUUCCUCUACUACGUGGCGUUACCUGAUGAUGUGAGCAAGCUGGGAGGGUACACCAGGCGCGAGAGUUCACCAGACGCGGAGACUGACGGGGAACCGGAGACGUUGGCCAGCCGGCUGGCGAAGAAGAACCUCACCAGGUCCAACUCCUUCAGCAUUGAGGAACCGAAGAAGGUGCUGUUAAGAAUUUACGGGCAGGUGCACGGAGAGAGGGCCAUGGACGCGAUUGUGACGGAGUCGGUCAUCUUCACACUGCUGUCGGAGAGGCGGCUGGGGCCCAAGUUACACGGCGUCUUCUCAGGCGGCAGAAUCGAGGAGUACAUACCUGCGAGACCACUUCUCGCUAAAGAGCUGUCAGAUCCCGCGAUUUCAAUGAAAAUUGCAGAGAAAAUGGCCGCGAUCCACUCUAUGGACGUGCCUCUAUCCAAAGAGCCUAAUUGGCUAUGGAAGACCAUGGCCAAAUGGUUGAAGACUGUUAGGGAAGAGAGACUGUCAAGCACUAAUAAUGGAAAGAAUGAACAAGAGGAACAAGUAAUUAAAAGACUGAAAAGCGUAGACUAUGAGAAAGAAAUUGAGUGGCUCAAGAAGUUCAUAGCGACCAUAGACUCUCCGGUCGUGUUCUGUCAUAAUGACAUGCAGAAAGGCAACAUCCUUCUUCUAGAAGACGUAGUGCAAUCAACAGGCGAAGAAGACGUAUCAGUCUAUGUACAGACUUACGACACAGAUUCACCGAAAUCCAACAAAGAGAACAACCAUACGAAGAGCUUCGAGAUGACGCAGUACGAUGACCAGAACACCUCCGACAGCAUCAUGAGUCACAUGUCGGACAGCGGGGAACCGAAGCUGGUACUCAUAGACUUCGAAUACUGCGCGUACAACUACAGGGGUUUUGAUAUAGCAAAUCAUUUUCAAGAAUGGAUGUACGAUUAUAAUAAUCCGAUUUAUCCGUUCUACGAUGAAGUGUUGGAGAGUUACCCGACGUUGGAGCAAAAGGAAAUCUUCAUCAAGGAAUACUUGAAGCAUUAUCAGUCAAACUUAACGGACGCUAAAGACACAACGCCGUCUAUUGACGACGUGAACCAACUGCUAUCCGAAGUGGACGCUUUAGCGCUCGCGACUCAUCUCUUCUGGACUCUAUGGUCUAUGGUCAAUGCUUCUAAAAGCAAUAUACCUUUUGGUUAUUGGGAAUACUCUCUGUCCAGGUUAGAGACGUACCUCAGACUUAAACAAGAAGUAAUAAAGAAGGAAAAAUUUAACUUCCCGCAGAAGAGGAAAAUCUACGAAGUAGAUAUAUGAGAAAAAUAUGCAACUCUCAACAUAUAGGUUAUCUAUCCUGCACCAUUGGGAACGCAAGACAGAGACGAACGACAGCCUCCAAACGGGAAUGAGAAAUGGCAAAUAAAUACGCAACGGCGAAAUUUUGUAAAUAUUCUCAGUGAAUCACGAUGAUUUAUUUUUAAUUUAUUUAUAAUUAAUACAAGAAAAAUAGUUAUAAGUUGUAUAAAUUGCAAAAUAUCGUGUAUAAAUAAAUAAUAAUUAACAUUUGUAUCAGAUGUGUUGAAAUAGUUGAUCAGGAUCUUAG